ACGAGUGUCGCCGGGUCUAAGUCGAUAAGUAGCUAAAGAAAGAUUAGUGUCCAACCAUACAGUUGGACACCGACACCAGAGAACAGUACUUCUCUCACUUCAAGUCCAGUAUUCAAUAUCACGUUGAACCUUAAUGUCAUUAGAACUCUUGAUUGGCAGGAGAAUUGUUAAAGUGGGAAGUUGUUGAGAUUGAAAAAUCAUCAUUAAUUUGAAUUUUAAAUUUUACACGUUUACUAUAAUUAUCAUUUCUUCCCUGGUGAAUCACACCAAAAGUCACUCCUGCAGUGGAAUCUUUGCUAAUCAUUAUAGUCAAUUUAAAAAUUGUGUGGAAGAGGCAGUUAAACAUUGCUCGUAUUAUCUGACAUUAAUUUUCCUCAAUCUUCGGUUGGAUGUUGCAUGUUAUUUAUUUAGAUCGUUGAUAACGAUAAAGGUUCUACAUCACGUCGAAAAGCCAACGUAGGAUAAUUACAUCGUGAAUUUCAGUGAGUAUAUUUAUUCAUAAUGGCACGAGUUGUCAAUUCAUCAAAUCUGGAUCAGCCCGAGAUGAAAAAGGAUAUUGGCAGAAGAGAUGCAAUACCAAUCAUUCAUACCAGGGGAACCCACUACGAAAUUGGAUACGAUAUUGGUCGAACUUUUGCAAAAAUGAUCAAUGACUUUGUCGAUCGUUACGGGCCAAUGAAUGAGUCUUAUAUCGAUCUGUACAAUACUAAGGAGGGAAGGAAGGUGUAUGAGGAGACUUUAUCAUCAGUGAAGACACAAUUUCCUGAAUAUGUACGAGAGAUCGAGGGAACAGCUGACGGAUCAAAUGUUCCAUUCUAUAAGCUUUUCCUCAUGCACCUUGACGAUAUCCUUCCCAAUGUUGUCAAUGGAGAUGGUAUCAGUACAAAUCAACCUGUCGGCUGUUCAUCCAUCGUGUGCAAUUAUCCCGGACAGGAGAUUUUGGGCCACAACGAGGAUGCUCUCGCUGAGACCUUGAACUUCUGGUACAUCGCAAGUGUUCACGUUACGGAACCGGGAUUUAGGGAGGAAAAAUUUUCGUCUCUCUGUUACGCUGGAUUCCUCCCUGGGUACACGAUGGGCUUUAACAAUCAUGGAUUCGUUUUUUGUGUCAAUACACUGAGUGCAAGGACACUCAGAUCUGGAAAAACACCGAGAUAUUUCCUGGCUCGAUCUCUUCUGGGAGUCGCUAACUUCGAACAAGCCCAGAAAACACUGAGGAAUAAAGGAUAUGGAGCUGCUGAGGGUUUCUCAGUCAAUAUGACGUUUUUGGAUCAAGAGGGUGACAGAAUGUUUCACAAUGCUGAGGUGGGACCUGUAGAGAUUGAUUCUAAUGAGUCUCAGCUCAGUAUCUACACGGCGAGUCCAGGCGAAAAUAUUACCCACUGCAAUAAAUAUCUUCGAUUGAAAGUGCCAGAGGUAGAGGGAGUGAUAAUAGCUAGCAGUGAGCACAGGCAUGCUGCCAUUGCUCGUCACUCACCGCCAAGAACUCGUCGAGAGGUCAUGGACAUUUUGAGCGAUCAAACUGACAACGAAUACAGAGUCUAUCAAGACUUUGGACCUGAUGAUUACGUGAAGACAAUUGCAACUGGUAUAUUCGACUGUGUGAAAAGAACAUGGUCUAUUUACACAGACAAACCAAAAUUCAACGAACCCCUCGUUGUCAUACCCAUCCGCACCGAGACACACUAAGUCGUGGUGAGAUUGUCCAUUCGGACAUCUGGAGGGUGUAGGUACCAUCCACACGCAGAGAACAUGAUUUUUUAAGUUUAAGAAUUAUUUUUCAAACAACGAGACAAAAAAUAAUUUCCCCAAAAAAUUAUGCACUUGUUCUGAGGACGAGGCCAAUUUAGUGAAGAUAGUGAUUUUUCAUGCCAAUUAAAUUGAAUUAAAUUAUUCAAUAGCUUUUACUAUUUUGAGAAACCACUCAAAUUGAUUUCCGAACAUAUUCUUGGUAUGAAUCAAUUGAUUAUCGUUCGAACAAAUUUCUUCUUAAAAAUAAAAAAGUCCUUCUGAAUAGAUCGUUUCCUCAAUGUGAAAACGAACGAAAAUUCCAAAUAAUGAAUUACUAUAAAAUGACUUAGCUUAUUUAUUUUAUCAAUAUAAUAUUUCAAAAUGCAUGGUGAUUACACAUGAUUCGCAAAUUUCAAAUUUUCACAGCUUUACCUUUUGUAGGCAUGCUAAACCUGUGAAUUUUAUAAUUCAAGGGGCCCGGCGAGAAUGUUCUAUGGAUUUAUAAAAAAAUAUAGUUGUACCUUGGGUUAACUAACGACAGAAUGUGGGGACAGUGACUUUUGGGCGUUUGUUGGAUGACAUUUCUGAAAAAAAUUCUUUUAUGUCCUCCUCACGUACAACUUUCUUGUUCUCCACGAAUUUCUUGAGGUACUGCUUUAAGUGGUCCUUCAUGUUGUUGUAUUCUAUAAAAUAAAAUGAAUUUGUCAAAUAAAAAA